GCGGCUGCGGGAUUGGCCGCCCGGCUCCCGCGAGGGGGAGGGGAAGGAGGCAGAGCGCACUCGCGCGUGCGUGAGCUGGCGCGCGAGAAAGGGCCCGGUCGCGCCGAGGCUCGAGCGGCCGUCGCCAUUUUGUAGGGUUCUCUCUGACGCUGGAGCCGCCGCCACCGCCGCCGCCACCCGGAGGCUCUUGUCAGGAUGGUGAAGCUGUUCAUCGGAAAUCUGCCCCGGGAGGCCACAGAGCAGGAGAUCCGCUCACUCUUCGAGCAGUAUGGGAAGGUGCUGGAAUGUGACAUCAUUAAGAACUACGGCUUUGUGCACAUAGAGGACAAGACGGCGGCCGAGGAUGCUAUACGCAACCUGCACCACUACAAGCUGCAUGGGGUGAACAUCAAUGUGGAAGCCAGCAAGAAUAAGAGCAAAGCCUCCACCAAGUUGCAUGUGGGCAACAUCAGUCCCACUUGUACCAACCAAGAGCUUCGCGCCAAGUUUGAGGAGUAUGGUCCAGUCAUCGAAUGUGACAUCGUGAAAGAUUAUGCCUUCGUGCACAUGGAGCGGGCAGAGGAUGCAGUGGAGGCCAUCAGGGGCCUUGACAACACAGAGUUUCAAGGCAAAAGAAUGCACGUGCAGUUGUCCACCAGCCGGCUUCGGACUGCCCCUGGGAUGGGAGACCAGAGUGGCUGCUAUCGGUGUGGGAAAGAGGGGCACUGGUCAAAAGAGUGUCCAGUAGAUCGUACAGGCCGUGUGGCGGACUUUACCGAGCAGUAUAAUGAACAGUAUGGAGCAGUGCGCACGCCUUACACCAUGGGCUACGGGGAAUCCAUGUAUUACAACGACGCAUAUGGAGCACUCGACUACUAUAAGCGUUAUCGGGUCCGCUCUUAUGAGGCAGUGGCAGCGGCAGCAGCAGCUUCUGCGUACAACUACGCGGAGCAGACCAUGUCCCAUCUGCCUCAAGUCCAGAGCACAGCUGUGACCAGUCACCUCAACUCCACUUCUGUUGAUCCCUACGACAGACACCUGUUGCCGAACUCAGGUGCUGCUGCCACUUCGGCUGCUAUGGCUGCUGCUGCUGCCAACAGUUCCUCCUAUUAUGGAAGGGACCGGAGCCCCCUGCGUCGUGCUGCAGCUGUGCUCCCCACAGUUGGAGAGGGCUACGGUUAUGGGCCAGAGAGUGAGCUGUCUCAGGCUUCAGCAGCUGCACGGAAUUCUCUGUAUGACAUGGCCCGGUAUGAGCGAGAGCAGUAUGUGGACCGAGCGCGGUACUCAGCCUUUUAAAAACUGGAGGUGUGAACCUCAAAUGGACUGAAUAACCCUGAGUUGGUUGCAGUCCCAGGAGCCUGAUGUUAAUGAGGCUGCCAGGAUGAAAUACUCCAGAACUGUUGGGGAUCUGAAUUUGGGUCUCACCCUAGCAGAACUGAUUCAAGAACGUCACAACUUUUGAAGUCGGUUGGUACAGAUCAAGACCAAGAUUUGGCCCUUUGUCUGUAAUAAGUAGAGGAGCUUGGUGUGAGUUAACUUCUUUUCUCCCCCAGCCAUUGGUGUCUGGAGUUCCCAUCAUCAGUGGAAGAAUUAGGGAAUUUUAGGAUUUCUUCCUUUGAUUUGGUAAGGGAGAUGUGAUCAAUUAGGGGAACUCCUGGAAUUAUGGCUCUAAAUGUGUGACAGUAUGACAUGUAGGUAUGUUGGAGGGUGAAUGAACCAUUCCUUGAUAUGCUUUGUGAUUGCUGUUUAUGAAGCUUGUUUACUUAUGAAAGAGUAAAACGAAACAAAUUUAGAGUAGUACAGUUGGCCAUAUUUGAGAUCUUGGCAUCUUCUGCUUUUUUCUGGACCUAAAAAUUAAAUUACGGUUUUGGAUAAUAUCCACGUAUGCCCUUUGUUGCAGUGACAGUAGCCUUGUAUCACAGAGGUUGUCUUGCCUAAAAGAUGGUAAGAGAGUGGAAAAGAUGUAUUUUAUCACCAACACAGCAGUCUGCCAGAUAGAUUGCUUCUAAUUCUAUAUAUAUAACUAGAAGUAGAAUCCUUGGUAAUUACAUGGGAUGUAAGUUUGAUCCAGUCUGACUUGGUUUUGUUUUGUUCUUUGUUCUUUUCCCCCUGGAAUACAGGACGGGACCAGGGCCCUUGUGCUCGGAGCCAAGCUGCUCUCCAGGCAUUGUGUAAGCCUCUUGUGUUGUGCUCUCUUUCAGGUAGGAUAAUUGCGGACUGAACCCUCGGGCUGCGGUCAUAUAUGAGAACUUGCUCCGCGCGGUCCCCUUUGCCGGGAUGUUUCCAUUGCUUCAUGUUUCAGUAAACAAAGGAGUUUGUGACCAACUAUGUUUUCUUUCUUAAUUUAAUUCUUCUAAGUUGACUUUUCUUUCCUCCUGAUACUAGUCUCUGUAGCCUUUCACUCUAUUCCUUAUAUUCUCAGCCUCUGAGCAGCCCUAGGUAAGGAUUAUGCUGGCAUCCCCUUUUUCCUGUACAGUGGAACCCCUCUUAUCUUGCUUUCCUUAGGAGUUGAACCCUUCUCCCUGUCUACCUGCAACAUCUCCUUUCCCUUUAAAAUGACCAUGUAGUGGCAAGCGACCUUUUACUCUUCUCUGUUAGCUCUGGACUCUAACAUUGAAGCUAAUCUUCUGAAACUGCUAGGACCAUUGGGGUUUUGGGGGAGGGGGGUUGUUUUGUUUGUUUUGUUUUUUUAUGUCUGACCUGUGAUCGUGGUACAGCAUUAGCUGAAAUUUAGCCUUGUUUUAUUCCACUCCUCCCACUUUUUUUUUUUAAUAUUUUGACAAAUAAACGUUUCUAACACUUAA